UGCAUGACCAGACAAGAAACUCUUGUAGUUCAGCAAAGAGCUCCAGGAAAAGUUUUGCAUGAUGCUGUUUGUAGCCACCUGAACCUUGUUGAAGGCGACUAUUUUGGCCUUGAAUUUCCAGAUCAUAAAAAGAUGAUGGUGUGGCUCGAUCUUUUGAAGCCUGUUAUGAAACAGAUUAGAAGACCGAAGCAUGUUGUUGUAAAAUUUGUGGUAAAAUUCUUCCCACCUGACCACGCUCAGCUGCAGGAGGAACUGACAAGGUACCUAUUUGCAUUGCAAGUGAAGCAGGACCUGGCACAGGGAAGGCUAACGUGUAAUGAUACCAGCACUGCCCUCCUAAUCUCACACAUAGUACAGUCUGAGAUUGGGGAUUUUGAUGAAACCAUAGAUCGUGAACACUUAGCGAAGAACAAGUAUAUACCUCAUCAAGAAGCACUAGAAGACAAAAUCAUGGAAUUCCACCGUAACCACAUGGGACAGACACCAGCAGAGUCUGACUUCCAGCUCUUGGAGAUUGCCCGUCGGCUGGAGAUGUACGGGAUACGCCUGCAUCCAGCCAAGGACAGGGAAGGGACAAAAAUCAACCUGGCUGUUGCCAACACAGGCGUUCUGGUGUUUCAGGGUCACACCAAGAUCAAUGCCUUCAACUGGGCUAAGGUUCGGAAGCUGAGCUUCAAGAGGAAACGUUUUCUUAUCAAACUACGGCCUGAUGUGAAUAGUUCAUUCCAGGACACCCUGGAAUUCCUUAUGGCCAGUCGAGAUUUUUGCAAGUCUUUCUGGAAGAUCUGUGUGGAGCAUCAUGCCUUUUUCAGGCUCUUUGAGGAACCUAAACCAAAGCCUAAGCCUGUUCUUUUUUCUAGAGGUUCUUCAUUUAGGUUCAGUGGUCGGACUCAGAAGCAAGUUCUUGACUAUGUUAAGGAAGGAGGGCACAAGAAAGUGCAGUUUGAAAGGAAACACAGCAAGAUUCAUUCCAUCAGGAGUCUGACUGCACAGCCUUCAGAACAGCACACAGAGGUGCCAAAACAAGUCAGUGAUAGCACUAGAGCCCAUGGAGACGACAAUGAUGCUGCAGCAGUGCAGAGCUGCCGGCAAGGAAAGGAAUCGAAGGCUUCAGCAGAAGACACUGGACAGCACAAGAGCCCUUCCUUGAAGAAGAGUCCAAAGGAAGGCAGAAAGGUGGAUGGAGCAGUGGUGUCAACAGUGGAGGAAGAAGAGGAACCCGCUAAGGACAGGAUGCAGCAGAACAGACCUCAAUCACAGCAACCAAGCACAGGUUCUCUGACUGGCAGCCCUCACCUUUCAGAGCUUUCCAUCAAUUCCCAAGGAGGACCAUCGGUGGCAAAUAUGACUUUAUCUCCAAACUUGAGCCCUGAUGCCAAGCAGUCAUCUCCCUUGGUCAGCCCUUUGCUGAAUGACCCAUCAUGCAUCAGGACUGAUGAUGAGGAAGAGGUCAAAAGAAAGAGAUUCCCAACUGAGAAAGCUUACUUCAUUGCUAAAGAAGUAGCAACUACAGAACGAACAUACCUGAAGGACCUUGAAGUCAUCACAUCGUGGUUUCAGAGUGCAGUGAGUAAAGAAGAUUGCAUGCCUGAAACACUGCAGAAUCUCAUUUUCUCCAACUUCGAACCUUUGCACAAAUUUCACUCUGGUUUUCUCAAGGAAAUUGAGCAGAGACUUGCUCUGUGGGAAGGCCGCUCUAAUGCUCACAUUAAAGGAGAUUACCAAAGAAUCGGAGAUGUUAUGCUAAAGAACAUUCAGAGUAUGAAGCAACUGACAAUUCACCUGCGGAAGCACAAUGAGAUUUUAAUGGAAUUGGAGAAUGGGAUCAAGAAUUCUCGCAAGCUGGAGACCUUUUGCAGAGAUUUUGAGCUACAGAAAGUCUGCUAUUUGCCUCUCAAUACCUUCCUGCUCAGACCUUUACACAGACUUAUGCACUACAAGCAGAUAAUGGAGAGGCUGUGCAAGCACUACCCUCCAAGCCACACAGACUUCAGGGAUUCAAGAGCUGCUUUGGCUGAGAUUUCUGAAAUGGUGGCUCAGCUCCACGGCAGCAUGAUAAAGAUGGAGAACUUCCAGAAGCUGCAUGAACUCAAGAAAGACUUGAUAGGCAUGGACAAUCUGGUGAUCCCAGGAAGGGAGUUUAUUAGACUGGGCAGUCUUAGUAAGUUGUCUGGAAAAGGUUUACAGCAACGGAUGUUCUUUCUGUUCAACGAUAUCUUGCUGUACACAAGUAGAGGCCUGACAGCAUCCAAUCAGUUUAAAGUCCAUGGGCACCUUCCACUGUAUGGCAUGACAAUAGAAGAAAGUGAGGAGGAAUGGGGAGUUCCUCAUUGUCUGACGCUGCGAGGUCAACACCAGUCCAUCGUUGUUGCUGCAAGUACCCGUGCUGAAAUGGACAAAUGGACUGAGGACAUCCAGAUGGCAAUAGACCUGGCAGAGAAGAGCAGUGGCCCUGCCCCAGAGGUACUGGCAAGCAGCCCACCUGACAAUAAGUCUCCUGAUGAAACUACUGUAGACCAGGAAUCUGAGGACGACCUCAGUGCAUCCCGCACCUCUCUCGAGCGUCAGUCACCACACCGUGGCAACACUACGGUGCACGUCUGCUGGCACAGAAAUACCAGUGUGUCAAUGAUCGACUUUAGUAUUGCUGUGGAGAACCAGCUGUCUGGAAAUCUCCUAAGAAAAUUUAAAAACAGCAAUGGGUGGCAGAAGCUUUGGGUGGUGUUCACCAACUUCUGCAUGUUCUUCUAUAAAUCGCAUCAGGACAAUCAUCCUUUAGCCAGCCUUCCUUUAUUGGGAUAUUCACUUACCAUUCCUUCUGAAUCUGAAAACAUUCACAAAGAUUAUGUAUUCAAGCUACAUUUCAAAUCCCAUGUGUAUUACUUCAGGGCUGAAAGUGAAUAUACAUUUGAAAGAUGGAUGGAAGUGAUCCGAAGUGCCACCAGCUCAGCCUCACGCACGCGAGCUCUGAGUCACAAAGAGCCUCACGCCUAUUGACGGCUGAGCGAGCCGCCGUGGCGAUUGUCCAGCAGCUGCUGAUUUUCUAGAGGACAUUUGAUACUCUUUUCUCCCUCCAAGUUUAGGACAACUUACAAUUUGGUAAAGGAAGAGAAUAAGUAUGGUUUUGCAGAAACUUUCACAAUUCCUCAGCAAAACUGUUUAAGUUCUCCGUGUAUUCAGACUAGCUUACUAUCAUCCCAGUGGCUGCAGUUCGUUUCAUGUCUUGUAUUUUGUCAUUCUGUGCUGUUUUUAGCUUGUGCCAGUAUUAAAAUAUUGUCCUUUAUUAGAGUGCCAAAUGCCAAAAGACAUUUUGUUGCCUCAAAGAUUGCACCUAAAAAAACCCCAGAUGACUGAAAUCUGAAAACUUUAUCCUCUGAGGCAAACACUAUUUCUUCUUUUUUCAUAAAAAUAUAUAUUUUUUUUUACCAUGUUAGACUGCUGAAUUUUUAAAUGUAGAUGGACUUUCACAGUAUAGAAUAUAAUUAUAUAUACAGCGAGUGGUCUAACAGGAGUGAGAUAACUGAGAUUUCAUGUUUUUUUCCCAGUCUUUCUACAUUUAAUCAGCACGGAUUUACUAAUUUUCUACCUUUAACAAGGAAACAGUUUACAGCUCAUUCUCAUUUCCCAUUGGGGUUACAAAUCCAUGUGGUAUAAAGAAAGUAUAGGAUUCUUAGCUAACUAUUUUCUUGGUGCAAGUUGACCAAAUUGUUCAUCUGUUGGCUUUGAAAAGUGAAUACUACUCGCAAGAUGAAAAAAUUUUAAAAUAAUCCAGUGCAAUAUUAUUUGGGCUGUUAAUGUACUGUGAAUGGUAUGUACAAGAAGAAAUUAAAGGCUGUGGUGACA